AGAAGUGAUGCAGUCAAUCCACCUGCUUCGAAGAUGAGAAAAGAAAGACCCAGGAAGAAGGGACCUGCCCAAAGCCACUCAGUAGCAGAACAGGGACUGGAACCCAGGCAUCCCCAUGCCCAGUCAGAGAUCAAAAUAAUGGCUCUUGGCCUCCAAUCUCAGCUUCUCACUGCAGGUGUAUCAGGGCCGUACCCUGUCUUACUUCACGCAUUGUCCCUGGUGCCUUCAGGCUUUCAACACAGCAGCACAGAGGGACCAGCUGUGACUGUAGCGUGCUUUCACUUCACAUUUUCAGUUCAGAUUGGAAAAACCCCAGGUGUACCUUUUCCUGAGAGUUUCCCAGCACUCAAGUUUCCCUUCCCAGACACCAGGCAGGAGUCAGGGCUCCAGGCCUCGGACCCCCACCGCAGCAUGGACGCACUCUCUGGGGAAAGAGCCUCAGAUAGCUUGGGGGGCAUUGGCAUUUUUCUUAGGUGGGGAAAGCACUCUAUUGGUUCGUUCUCUUUUAAUAUUACGUUUGUACAGUAUCAGGUCACAGAAUAUUUUUGCAUGCCUCGGUGGCUCCUAAUAUUUGGAACUCCACAAACACAUUGAUUUAAAAAAAAUUAAAAAAGAACCAUUUCACCCUAACAAACACACAGACAUAAAGUCCUACUGAAAAGAUUAAAGAGCCAUGGUGGCGAUCAUCAGCUGAUUCAGUUUUCCCAAGGAAAAUGGGAUAGGCAUUGUCAUUGUCAUUUCACAAAUGAGAAGAGGGGCUCAGAAAGUUGAAGGGACUUGCCCAAAGUCACAUGACAAGCCAUGGCAGAGGUGGAAGUGGAAGAGCUGUGCAGCGCAGCAAACACUGAGUCUUUCUCUGGGCUGGGCAUUUGGACAAGUCCUCGCCCUAGAGGAACUCAUCUGGAAGCCAGAAGCUCUGACUCUGAUAGAAAAGGGAUUUCUAUCUGCUCAGAGGGAAGGCAGGCCGGGAGCUGGGUUUCCUGUUGCUCUGUGCGUCCUGUUGUCGGAUGUUGUCUUGUUAGGACCUCCAUUCAAAUGCCUGCAUUUCCUGCCCUGAUUUAAUUUGGACAGAAACCACAGGUUGGUGGCCACACCAGGCCUGGGUGAGGCACAAAUGCGGGCCACUGCCACCCCAGCGUUCCUCUUCUAGGCUGGACUCUGUGUGGGCAAGGGCCUCUUGGCAAGCCCAGCAGAAGCUGAGAGACCCUCCCCAUGGAGCGAUGCUGGGAGACAGAGGCAGCCAAUGGCUCCCGGGAUGGCUUGGAUUUCAACCCCAUGAAGGAUUACAUGGUCCUGAGCAAUUCCCAGAAGAUAGCUAUCGCAGUGCUGUGCACCUCCCUGAGCCUGCUUAGCGCCCUGGAGAACCUUGCUGUGCUCUACCUGAUCCUGUCCUCACAUCGGCUCCGCAAGAAGCCCUCGUAUCUGUUUAUCAGCAGCUUGGCUGGGGCUGACUUUCUGGCCAGUGUGAUCUUCGCCUGCAACUUUAUAAAUUUCCACGUCUUCCACGGCGUGGAUUCCAAAACUGUCUUCCUGCUGAAGAUUGGCAGCGUGACUUUGACCUUCACAGCCUCUGUAGGCAGCCUGCUGCUGACUGCCAUUGACCGCUACCUCUGUCUACGCUACCCACCUACAUACAAAGCGUUACUCACCCGUGGGAGGGCACUGGUGACCCUUGGCUCCAUGUGGGUCCUCUCAGCAUUGGUCUCCUACCUGCCCCUCAUGGGAUGGACUUGCUGUCCCAGGCCCUGCUCUGAGCUUUUCCCCCUGAUCCCCAAUGACUAUCUGCUGGGCUGGCUCCUGUUCAUCGCCAUCCUCUUCUCUGGCAUCAUCUACACCUACGGGCAUGUCCUCUGGAAGGCCCAUCAGCAUGUAGCCAGCUUGGCUGAGCACCAGGACAGGCAAGUGCCAGGAAUGGCCCGGAUGAGGCUGGAUGUGCGGUUGGCCAAGACCCUGGGGGUGCUGGUGGCUGUGCUCUUCAUAUGCUGGUUCCCGGUUCUGGUCCUCAUGGUCUACAGCCUGGCCACCACUCUAAGUGACCAGGUCAAGAAGGUCUUCGCCUUCUGCUCCUUACUCUGUCUUGCUAACUCGAUGGUCAACCCCAUUAUCUAUGCCCUGAGGAGUAGGGAGAUUCGCAGCUCGGCAGACCACUGCCUGGCCCACUGGAAGAAGCGCCUGAGGGGCCUCGGGCCUGAAGGAAAGGAAGACUUCCCGCGGUCCUCAGUCACUGAGACAGAGGCUGAUGUGAAAAUCACCCAGGGGCCAGACUCCAGAGUUCUAUACUGCUCUGAUCGCUGAUGAGGCCUCCUUCACAGUUUUAAACAAGCCAAGUCAGAAAUCAUUUCACUCCCUGGAGGAGAUUUCAUGGCCUUGACCCUCUUAUCUUGCUUAAACCAACCCCAGAGGUCUGGACACUUAUCCCCUUCUACUGAUGAGUGUUGGCACUGACCCCUGAAGGGUAGCCUGGCCAUGCCCAUCUGCACACAGUUUAUGAGGUGUGGUAAGGUGGGCAGGAGGCAAGAGGUCUGAGACAGGCUCAGUGCAGGUCAGGACAACCGUCCCAACAUGUCAGCUUAGAGCCUGCAUUCUCCAGAGCCCACAGGAGCCAGGAGGAGCUUUCAGGCUCAGCAGAGAGGGACUCAGAGGAAAUCUGAGAACAUCACUCUCCUGGGGUUUCAGGGUAUCAGAUGGGAUGGCUGGCCAGCCCUUCUUCCUGCUUAAUUGUUGGGGCCACCUUGGUUCUGGAGCUAUGAAAGGCCCUACCUCCUGGUCACUCUUUCCCAGAGAGGACCAAGAGCUGUGACGCCAUGAGGAUCAAGCAUGUUAAUCCACCUCUUGCAGAGGUAACUGACAAGCCUCCAUCAGGGCAUCUUAUUAUUACAGCAGUGGCCCUCUCUGACACUCUGAUAAUCACAACUCACAACCAUUGUGUCCUCUUAGGUACCUGGGUAAUACAGAGGUGGUUGAAAUCACUUGAGACACAGAAUCCUCUGAGAAUUUUACUCAUCUUGUGAAGUCCUACUCGGAGGUACCCCUGGAAGCAGGCAGUGUCCCAUUCUAACCCAAUUCCAAGAAAAGGGAAGAUAUUCACAAAGAUUUUAUUAUCCCCAAAUUGUUCCCAGCCAUCUCUCAAUUCAGCUCCUUUGUCUCCUCCACACUCCUAUACCCUUCAAUGAAUAAUAAACAAAGCUAAUAGGAGGAGAGGAAAGUUCCCUUACUAUGUGCCAGGCAUAGGACUGACAUCUCACAGUUCAUUAUUUCCAGCAAGAAAACAGCCCCAUGUUUUGAAGAUUCCAGGACACCCAUAUUUUACAUAUCAGGGAGGCUGAGUUCCUACUGGAAGGGCUUAAAACAGUAGGCAAGAGAAAUUGUUGAUGGAGGGAAGAAUUGCAGAGGAAUUCUAAUGCAAUUCUUUGGGACCACAGAUGGAAUAAAAUGAAAGAUAUUGAUUAA